GUUUUUGGUUCAUAUUUUUGUCGUCAAUUCUACAGCGUUCCUUGAAUAAGUGUCCAGAUGGCAGUUUGGCAGUGUUUGGUGGCGGCACCCCGCGCAGAAAGUUUCCGCCGCGACAUGACGGCCGGGCCGUGCGGUGCCCCUCCGCUUGCCAUCUGUCAGCCCAAUAGUGUCGGGGAUGCACACAAAAGAUUUCCACUCAGCCGCUCAAGUGAGGAAGACGGGAAAAGCUCCUUUCCAGAGGCUCCGACUUCAAGCCGACUGGAUGCAGCUGAGAAAGCGUCGAGGGACGAGGAUGUCAUUCUGGAAGGUGGAAGGCUCCGUUGGGGUCUUGUCACCGAUGAGCACGUCGACGGGGAUAGCGUUUGGAAAAGGCCACCUCAAACCCCAACACGUCUCUUUUGGCUUCCCUCGGCCCGAUCUUCUGAGGAGAAGCGGCCAUUCUGCGGGUGGAAAGAGGAGAACGUUCUCCUUUUGUCUCAGGUGGCGUCUGGGCAUUGUGCGAGGGAGGACAAAAGAUGAGGGCCCGUACGCCAAAGGAAGCAAGCAGUCCGGGGCAUCUGACCAAUCACAUUUCUCCCAGCGGCGCAGCCUUUCAGAAGAGCACCGAGGGGUGACCACGGUGGAUCUAAUGAAAAGGGAAGGCAGCAACCUGGGGCUCACCAUCUCCGGGGGCUCCGAUAAGGACGGCAAGCCCAGAGUGUCAAACCUACGGCCGGGUGGGCUGGCUGCCAGGUGUGACCAACUGAAUGUAGGAGACCACAUUAAGUCAGUGAAUGGCAUCAAUCUGCGCAAGCUUCGUCACGAUGAGAUUAUCAGCCUCCUGAAGAACAUCGGGGAGCGUGUUGUCCUGGAGGUGGAGUACGAGCUGCCUCCGUUACUCCAGACUCCAUCGGGAGUAAUAAGCAAAACCACACAAGUGUGUUUGCUCAAAGAGGGCAACAGUUUUGGCUUUGUCAUGAGAGGGGGCUUUCACGAGGACUGGCGCAGGUCUCGUCCUCUGGUGGUCACGCAUGUCAGGACGGGGGGUCCCGCCGACAGGGAGGGCACAAUCAAGGCCGGCGACAGAAUCUUGAGCCUGGACGGCACGCCUUUAAACCGAGAGACGCAUGCUGACGCGUUGACCGUGCUGAUGCGGAGCGGCCAGGAAGCUUUGUUCCUGAUCGAGUACGACAUCUCUGUCAUGGAGGCGGUGCAACGCGCCUCGGGCCCUCUGCUGGUGGAGAUCGUGAAAGGGGCCUCCUCCGCUCUGGGCCUCGGCCUCACCACAUCCAUCUUCAGGAACAAGCAAGUGAUCAUCAUCGACAAGAUCAAGCCGGCCAGCGUGGCCGAAAGGUGCGGAGCGCUGCACCCGGGCGACGCCCUGCUGACCAUCGACGGAACCAGCACGGAGCACUGCUCUCUGAUGGAGGCCUUGCAGCUCCUGGGGAACGCCGGCGAUGUGGUCAGACUGGAAAUCCUACCAUCCAGUCAGAGCAGACUGCCCGUCCGGCCGCAAGACACGGUAAAAGUCCAGAAGAGCAGCCAUCAUCACUGGGACCAAAGCGGCAACGUGGCCCCCGCCCAGCACGCCAGCCACGGCAGGACGUGGAGCAGCCCGAGCCACCCGCGCAAGCGGCAGGACCACUGCAAACCCGCCUCGGGCUUGGGCAGCCAGGGGAGCAGCACGCUGCCCUGCCCCGCCGCGCCGGCCGCGCCCACCAGCCCGAGGACCUCCACCGGCAAGAGGCGCAACAGGAAGGGGGACCACAAGAGCUCACUGUCGCUGGCAUCCAGUUCCGUGGGGCCGGGGGGCCAGGUUUUUCACGCCGAAGCGAGCGAGGUCGUCCUGAGGGGGGACCCGCUUACAGGUUUUGGCAUCCAGCUGCAGGGGGGCGUCUUUGCCACAGAAAGUCUUUCGGCUCCUCCCGUCAUCCGCUUCAUCGAACCGGACAGCCCGGCCGAGAGGUGCGGCUUGAUGCAGGUGGGCGAUCGACUCUUAUCCAUUAACGGCAUCCCGACGGAAGACGGCACUUUGGAGGAGGCCCACCAGCUGCUCAGAGACUCGGCUCUGGCCAAUAAGGUCACGGUGGAGAUUGAGUUUGAUGUGGCAGAGUCCGUGGUUCCGAGCAGCGGUACUUUCCACGUCAAACUACCCAAGCGAAGAGGAAUGGAGAUGGGCAUCACUAUCAGUGCAAGUAAGAAGCUUGGCAAGCCGCUCAUCAUCUCCGACAUCAGAAAAGGAAGCGUAGCCCACAGAACGGGCACUCUGGAGCCCGGAGACCGCCUGCUGGCCAUCGACGGCGUGCGUCUGGAAGACUGCACCGUGGAGGAUGCCACGCGUGUCCUGGAUCAAGCCGAAGACAUGGUCAAGCUGCGGAUACAGAAAGACGAGGACAACAUCGAUGAGCUGGAGAUGUCCGGUUCCGUGGUCUACACGGUGGAACUCAAGCGAUACAACGGCCCCCUGGGGAUCACCAUUUCGGGCACGGAGGAGCCCUUCGACCCCGUCGUCAUUUCGGGGCUGACCAAGAAAGGCCUGGCCGAGAGGACGGGGGCCAUUCACGUCGGGGACCGCGUGCUGGCCAUCAACGGGGUCAGUCUGAAAGGCAAAACGCUCAGCGAGGCCAUCUACCUGCUGCGGACGGCCGGGGAGUCGGUCACGCUCAAGAUCAAAAAACAAGCGCAGGGCGCGCCCCCGUCGCCGCCUUCUCACGAAUACGACGGCGGGCGAGUUGCGGACAGAGAGUUGGGCUUCCUGAGCGAGCUCGAGGACGAAGCCCGGGACUCGCUGAGAGCGGCCAAACGCUCGGAGACGUACUCGGCCGCCGUGCCCAGCGUGGACUCGGCCAUGAGCUCCUGGGACGGUUCGGGAUGCGACGGCGGCUACGGGAGCCAAGUGACUUAUCUUCACAAAGACUACUUCCUCCAUCCCAACGAAUGGAGGAGAAGCAACUACAGGAGCCCCAUGGGCUCGAUGGGCGCCGCAGGACCGGCGCGGCGCUACGACGAGGACGACUGGGACGACAUGCCCGGAUCCCUCAGCCCCCCUCAUUGCCACGGCACCCCCAACCAGGAGGAUAGCUUCUGGUCGCAGGACCUGGAGACUUGCGGCCAGUCUGAAAUCCUACGGGAGCUGGAGGCAUCGAUGUCGGGCAGCGCUUUGAGCCUGUACCUCGACGAGACCAAGACGGAGGACCACUCGGUGCUCCUGUCCCAAAUAAGUCCCAUUAAGCGAGAGGAAACCAAAGCGGCGCCGAAGGACGCAAGCGGCCUCAACGUGGUGGUGAUCCGAAAGGACCCCGAGAGCGGCGACUUUGGAUUCAGCGUGUCCGACGGCCUGCUGGAAAAAGGAGUUUUCGUCAACCUGAUCCGCCCUCACGGCCCGGCCGACCGGGCGGGCCUGAAGCCUUACGACCGGAUACUUCAGGUGAACCGCGUGCGGACCCGAGACUUGGACUGCUGUCUCGCCGUGCCCCUGAUUACGGAGGCGGGAGCCAGCCUGGAUCUGCUCAUCAGCAGGAAUCCCGCCGAAACGGGCCACGCCAAGGCUCCGCCCACUGACCGCGACCACCCUUCCGUCUCGCUGCUCUGCUUUUCGCGGCGCUGCACCGACGGCGCUGCGCUGUGAGCGUCGCGUCGCGCGCACGCCCAAUCGGGUCCCGCGGGUCACGUUGCAGCUGCCGUACGUUGGCAGCAUCCGCGGCACGAGCGGCGUUAAUCGCCGCGUUCGCGUGACGCUCCUUCCCCAGCAGCACAUUUGCAAGCGUCCGUUAUGCACACGCAGCAUCCGACGAGUUCUUGAGUUAACUUUGCCCCCCCCCCCCACGAGCGCACACUUGAUUGCUUCGAUGUUCACGCGUGCACAGGGUGGGAGCACAUUUCGGGGGGGGGGGGUGUUUUCUUGGCUCACCAAGGACUUCCGCCGUCCUCCCUCCCCAAAUAGAAUUCUCACAGCCACCGGCCAAGCGUCGUAAAAGGUCACGUUACACGACAUUAUAUAUAAAUAUGUAUUUGUUAAUCUGAUGAACGCUCACGACGGACGUCCUGGGGGAGGGAUUAUCGCCAGCAUUGCGUUCUGAUUGUUUUGCCUUUUUCACGCCACGUGCACGUUUACACUUGAUGGGAAUUCACGGAUUGGAUUUCACUUAUGGUUGUUUUCAAUUUUUUUGUUUUGUUUGGUGGGGGGUGUCUGGGGGGGGGGGGGGGGAGCGACCACCACCUUGGCCCCGUGUCGCUGGUACGACCUCAGCCAAGUGACUUAUUAACCAGGAGAAGCCCCGGUGUCACGUCUUGUUUACCUCCAUGGGGUCGUUGCGAGCGUACGCGUCCACUCCAACUGAAAGCAUCGACGUCCCGCGGUGGGCCUUCCGGUCCCGUGCGAGCGCUAGCGCGUCAAUUCUUCUCCGUCAAAUGAUCAAAUGUCGCCAGAGGUCUAUUUUUAAAAGCUUGCGAGUGGAAUCCAAUGUUCUGACGCUCGCGGUCUUUCUUUUUGCUGUAAAGUUUUUAGUCCCCAUACAAGCAUGUCAAAAGGAUUGGCCUGAUUUGCAAGACUCAAUCAGCUGUUCUAUCUACAUCGUGUUUUUUUAUUUUUUAUUUUUAAUAAAAACGUUAAAACCC